GGUCUCCUGUCUGAUCCUUUGUCAUGGGAAGACUUUCCUCUACUGCUUCAGCGCAGAGAGGCAGGCAGGAGGAGGACUUGAGCGUCAAAACUUACAGACGGCCAACAGAGGAUUUUAACUAUGUAACUGAGGGAAGAAAACAGAGGUCCCUGCCGAAUCCUCCCUCCCUGGCUCUGAUUCAUCCCAACGGGCGGGUCAUUGUGAUGAACAGAAUGCUUCCUCAAAGGAGCGCAGUCGCUACAUUGGGCUACGCCUCUGACUGUUUGAAGAUGGAGCACGGCAGUGGAAGCUCCGUAGGGGGGACAUUGCUGCGGGGCUCUCGCUCUAAAGCAGAGCUUCAGGAACUGAUGGAGACCCUGCAGCGCAGAAAGAGCGCACUUGAGGCCAGCCUGAGGGCAGCCGAGUGCAGUCGCAAGUACCUUAGUGUACCGUCAGCUGCUGCUAACCAGUCCAACAGGCCACUGUCCAUCCUCAGCAACACAGACAGGCCGCCUUCUGCCUCCAGACAUUUUUCUUACAUUAACAGCAACAGUGUGCCUCCGUCGCCACGUCAGGGCGAGCGCCAGAUCAGCUCCAAUGGCUUGCAUCGUCAUUCCUACUCUCGCCACCAGUCACAAGACAGUCUGCUGCAAUCUAAUGCAUCGGAUGGAAGUUCUCUGAUGUCCUCCUAUGGGGAGCCACUACCUCGUUCUCCCAGGGUCAAGAGCGGGGCGGCCAGUAUGCCAUCCAGCCCUCGAAUGGGCCGUAGACUCAACUCUCAGAGCAGAUCUGUCGGAGAGUCCAGGCAGAGGAAAUAUUCCACCGGUUCCCUCAACAACCUAGGCAUGCAUAGCCGUUCUUUGCCUCGACUUCACAAUGCAGCAGAACCCCCUGUUUUAUCGCUGCCCUCUCGCCAUUCAGUGGGAUCCCACAGAGUGGUGGUCUCGGCGGGACAGCGGCGCAGUCUUUCCUCCCUUGAGCAGCCUCCAGAUGUGACAGUACCAGCAAGCAUGCCCAGCACAUCCAGGAGGUCCAGCCUUGCUUCCUUGAGCUCUCUGGGUGUAGAGCUUGAUGGGACUGGCCUGGAUCUGGGCUUGGGAGAGAGGAGGUUGUCCUUUGGGAAAAGUGGGCUUAGUCCAGGCCAGAGGGUGGGCAGCAUCAGUUCUCUGAAUGGCAAAGAGGAGCUAAGAGACUAUCACCAGCAUCAGAGAGAUGAGCGACUCAGGGAGCAGAAGGUGCAGAAGUUGGAAUGCCAGCGUCUAGAGACCAUCCUGAGUCUUUGCACUGAGUUUGGACACGUGGCGAGAGAGCCGGCGGGCUCAGCUGUUUCUGAUCUGCAAAAGAUCAAUAAGGAGCUGGAGAAGCUGCAGGUGUCGGACGACGAGUCUGUGUUUUCCGACUCCCCCAGCAGCACUGCCCCAGACACCUGUUUUGGGGCCAAAGCCAGAGAUCUUCAGCUCCCUGAGGACCAGCAGGCAGUCCAGCGUCAGCAGGGAAGCUACAGGUCUCACUCUCCUGCUAUGAGUCUGAACAGCAGCGCCCCCUCUCCUUCCACGCACCACAGAUCCAAAGCCUUGGAGAGCGUGCAGCUGAAACAGGAGGUAACUCAUAUCGAGGAAGAGAGAAUCCAGGUUCUGAACAACAUAGAAGAGCUGGAGCAGAAGAUCAAAGACCUGGACAACCAGAUGGAGGAGUCUCUGAGAGAGAUGGAGGUGGAGUGUGCCUUGCUGGAUGGAGAACAGGAGUCUGAGAUGGCCCAGCUGCAGAGGGAAAAGGAGCAGUUGGAUGAACUCAAAGCAAAAAUGCAAAGCAUCGAGAGAACAAGCAAUACAGAAAAAUCUCAGGAAAGUGAGGAGCAGACAAAAACCUCAGAGGAUUUAGAAUUUCAGAAGCUGGAAAGAGAACUCAAGCAGGAAGAGGAAAAGGAGAGUCAAGAGCUGCUGCGGGACAUCGGCGAGUAUCAGCGUCUUAGCGCCACGCGCAAGGAAAGAAUCAUGACUCUGAAGAAACAGUCCUCGCAGAUCACUUCACAGGCCCAGCAGGAAAAAGAAAACUUCCAGAGGGAGAAAAACAACUUGCUUGUCAUGCUUCAAAAGGAGAGAGACAAGCUGGUGUCUUUGGAAGGAAAGUAUGCAGAGUUGUCCGAGGGGAAAACUUUGACCAACAACCCUGUUGCCAUCAAAGAGCACUUGAACUCCCUAAAAGAGAGGAGAAGAAGCAGCAAAGAAAGCUCCUCCAAUCCUAUCGAAAGCAUUUCUCAUAAGAGAAACCAGCAGCUCCUUGGCUCCUAUGGCAGAUCUCUGGGACGCACGCUUCCUCCAAAGGCACAUCUACCUUUAUCCCAAAGCUCCAGCUGUGGCAGCGUCGUUCCACAAGGCUUCAGCUUCUCCCCUCGGGAGGUCAACGCACGCCUGCUGCCCAAGGCAGGAAACAGCUAUGCUCACAUGAACAACGACAGACAGAGGCAAAGUGAUUUUUGCAGCAGGAUGGUCUCUGAGCCCAACGUAUACCUGGACUCCUUCUCCUACCAGGACAACAGCCAGACAUCGGACACCGUCAGUGUGGACAGUUCGGACAGCCUGGAGACCAGCUUCUCCGCCUGCUCCCCUGACAACAUCUCCAGUGCCAGCACUUCCAACAUGGCAAAGAUUGAGGAAAUGGAGCGUUUGCUCCGGGAGGCCCAGGCUGAGAAGCUGAGACUCCUCGAGCAUCGGGAGCGGGAGAUGGAGAUACGUAGGCAGGCCCUGGAGGAGGAGAGAAGAAGGAGAGAGGAACUGGAGAAACGUCUGCAGGAGGAGACGAGCAGGAGGCAGAAACUGGUGGAAAGAGAGGUGAAGCUCAGGGAGAAACAGAGAUCGCAGUCGCGGCUGCUGACUCGCUACCUCCCUGUGAGAAAAGACGACUUUGACCUUCACGGCCACAUCGAGGCAGCCGGACACAACCCGGACGCCUGCUUCCACCUGGCCAUCACCGACAAAACCUGCCGAGGAUUCCUGGUCAAAAUGGGGGGGAAGAUCAAGACGUGGAAGAAACGCUGGUUUGUCUUCGACCAGAACCGGAGGACUCUCACGUAUUAUGCAGACAAACACGAGAACAAGAUGAAAGGCGUCAUCUACUUCCAAGCCAUAGAGGAGGUGUACUAUGACCAUUUGAAGAAUGCACACAAAAGCCCCAAUCCUUCUCUGACCUUCAGCGUGAAGACCCACGACCGUGUGUACUACAUGGUGGCUCCGUCUCCUGAGGCCAUGCGGAUCUGGAUGGAUGUCAUCGUGACGGGCGCCGAAGGACACAUGCACUUCAUGGUGUAGCUCUCCCGCUUCCAAAUGUAUUUUCCAAACCACCGAGUCAAAACGAGUGUCGGGCUCUUUGCAGAAGUCAGAGUAAUGGCGAACACGUGCGGAUCUGAGAGGGAUUUUAAUCAGGUCAGCCAAAAAUUUGGUCUCGAUUAUGGAAAUGUACCGAUGAGCAUGAAGGAGAUUCACCCUCAGGCGUACGCUUUAUCGUGCAGUUGUGUAUAAAAGACAAAAAGAGUUGACGGUUUGGACUCCGAUAUAAGCUAAUUACUUUAUUUUUCUCCUGUUGUUUAUGUUUUGUGAGAGGCUGCGGUGUCUCUUAAUCUCACGGCAGGUAAUUUUCCUCUUAUUUCCAAUCAGGGAAGAGUUUAAACGACGACACCCGCAACAAACGCUUAAGGGGUUUGCCCCCCAAAACAAGUUAGAUUUCUGUUUAAAUCAGUCUUUUGGUAAAAAUCUGAUCAUUAUAAAAGAAAUCCGCUUGUUUGCUUUUGAUUUUGAUCUUCAGUAAGACUGUGCAGAAGUUUUAAACCCUCGCUCUACUUGCAUUGCCUUCAAAGAUCAUCCACAUCUUUUUAACAGUUUCCCAAUCUUUCCUAACUUCUUUCAAAGUUUUUUUCCUUCAGACGUAUUGUAUAAAAUAUAUCUUUAGCAGAUAAACAGUAUCUAAGAGUUGUGUCUUCAUGACACGACUUUCACAUUGUACCUCAUAUGCUCAAUGGCAACGCCUCGGCUAAUAGGUUGCAGGAAUCACCUUGUUGACACUUAAAUCCCAUUGAUUGUCUGUCAUAGAGUGUUAACCUUUAUAUUUUUAUAUAUUCAGAUAAAGAAAUUAGGUUGAAUUGUGUUUCAAACAGGCUGCUAAAGCUGGUUCUUCUGAGAGGUUUUCUGCUGUGGGUAGACACACACACCGCUGGUUCUUCACCUGAAUUCCCAGGCUUUGAAAGUAUUUCUUUUGUGGCUUAGAGAACAAGCAAAGAACAAAGUAUAUACAUUUUCUGGUACAAACUAGACAAGGUAGCGCCUUAAAAGACCUCCCAAAAAUAAGAAGAAGUGGUACCCUUGGCCACUUUUGGAUACUAUAUGAAAGGCUUGUAAAGUCUCACCCAUUUUUCCUUUUACCAAAUCAAACUUCAACAUGUUUUAUUAAGAAUGUAUGUAACGGGCCAGCAUAGACUGGUGCAGAACGGUUCAGUGGAAGGUAGAAGGAGACAUGAGUUCUGGGAUAUAUCAAAAUAAGAAAACUGAAACGUGUUCUGUGCGUUUGUACUUAGCCCCACUGAGUUAAUGUUAUUCCAGUCACCAAACAGUGACUGCCCCCCUUUUAGAGUAAAAGGGGGCUGAAUAUAAAAGCGUAGCACACUUUUUAGAUUUUUACUUGUAAGUCAAUGUCAAAAGCAUUAGUCGUUUUCCUUUCACUUCACAGUUUAUGCAUAACAUAAAAUUCCAAUAAACUACAUUGACAUUUGUGGUUGUACUGUGACAAAGUAUUAAAAAGGUCCAGGGCAUGAUUCCCUUUUUCACGGUACUGUAUGUAAAGACAUGAGAGGCCUCCAAAGAUUCUUUUUUUUUGCACAACACUGCACUUUUCCCUCCUCUUUUCUGCUUUUCAGUGUUUCUAUGUCGCAGCCGGGCUUAUCAUGGGUGUCUUUUUUGAAUGUCAGGAUGAGGAAUUGCCCGUCCGCUCUCUCUGUGCGCGGUCACAAGCAGGCGCCUUUUUUUUUUUUUUUUUUUUUUGGGCUCAUGCUUAUGAAUCAGUGUCUUUUGUUCGUUUCUACCGCUGCUUGCAGGCGACCAACAUAAGCUGACCUUGUCUGCUUACCUUAUGACAGGAUUGAAUGUCCACCAUUGUUCUUCUUUUGCACCUCUUUCUGUACCAAAAGAAAUGCUUGUUUGUUUGUUUUUUGUUUUGUUUUUUAAGAAAUUGGAGUAAUUGAGAAACGAUGAUUAUGAAUUGUUUUUGGAAACGUUAACUGAGGCAUCAGGCCAUCCAACCGGCAAAACCGCAGCAGUGCUUUGUUUUUAGGCUGAUCAGCUAGCUCCCUCUGUCUGCAGUGGAGGCUGCGGGCCUCACAUGACGAGGCCAUGUUGUGCUGCAGUGAUGCUGGAUGGUCCUGCGUCACCUGGUGUGUUCUCGACUCUAAUGCGUUUCAGUGUGUUCCACCAGCAGAGGUCCUCAGUGCAGAGCGAUUGCCCUAGAAUGACGUAAUGCUCUGCCCGGUAAGCCCAUACUCAUUUAUAUUAACGAGCAUUUUAUGAAGGAACAUUAUGCCUAAUCAUCAGUAUGUAAGAAGUUAUGAGUGCAUGUAUACCAAGCUUAUAAGACUGGCCUUUUCAGUUCUUUUUGCAUAUAUAUAUAUUAUUUUUUUUGUGUAUAUUCAUAAUCGAUUGCAACAGUGAAAGAUGUGUUACCAGCUGAUGGUUGACAGACUGCAGGACUCGCUGUUCAUCUUGUGCUGUUUAAGUGUUCAUUAACUCCAAGAGAGAGCAGACCAGAGAGCUGAGCUGACAGAUGAGUUGUUUCCCUCAUCAUCUGCCACUUAAACAUCUCAUUUUCACCCAAGCCUUAAAGCAAAACAAACUAUAUAUUUCUAAUACGUUUAUUGUUUUUGUAUCUUGUAAGCACGUUACAAUUGUAGCUGAUGCAAUAAUUCAAGUUUGUUUUUUUUUUACACAAAUUGUGUCAUGAAUAAAUACUUCUGACCACAAA